AUAAAAAUGACAGUCACUGAGGCUGAAAAAGAUGUGUGCGAAAAGUGCAAAGCACUUACAGCUAUAUUUGAAACGCCGCCAUGGCUCUGGGAUCCGACACUUGAAGUUACUUCCGGUCCACGAAACCAUACAUCAUGGUGCAGACGACGAGCUCAGUACGAGGCUUAUAAGCUGGACAGCAAGAUGGCGGACAAGAAAUUUAUCGACGAGAUGCUACACGCUCAUAAUGAGUACAGAGCAAGGCAUCAGGCGGCACCUUUAAAGCAUUCUAAAGACCUGUCAGAGUUUGCACAGAAAUGGGCAAAUCAUCUUGUGGCCACUAACAGUUUUCAGCACAGUAACUGUGACCUGAAAGGUGAACGACUUGGGGAAAAUAUCGCCAUGAAAUGGUCUUCACGUCCGGAUGCUUACAGUGGACAGGAAGCGACUGACCAGUGGUACAGUGAAGUCAAACAGCACACGUUUGGUGGAGAACCAAGUUCACUUAGUACAGGGCACUUUACUCAAGUUGUAUGGAAGGGUAGCAAGGAGUUUGGAGUGGGCAAAGCGCUCGCUAAAGAUGGUAAAACAAUAGUUGUAGCCAGCUACAGACCAGCUGGUAACAUGAUGGGCAAGUUUGGGGAGAAUGUUCUUCCUCCAAAAGACGGGAAAAUUAUACUUCCUGUACAGAAAGAUCAAAGCGGCGGUUCGAGCCCAUUUUCUAGUCGAUUCGAGGAAGGUAGGCGUGGCUUUGGAGAUAUGGGAGGAGCUUCAGGAGGAGGAAAAGAAACAAAAACAACACGAACAAUAACAAAAACAGAAGGUGGAGUCACGAAGACUAUAGUGGAAGAGACUAUUAUCAAAGCGGAUGGAUCUAAGGUUACCACGACCAAAGAGACUGUCAGAUCUGGUGGUUCAACGGAUCCGUUUAGCAAGGGUACAGAUGAUUUUGGAAAACUUAGUCUUGAUGACUCCAAGGGCAGUAAAGACUCAAAAAGUAAGCAUAAGAGGAAAGAUUCAAGGUCAUCAUCAUCAUCGUCGUCAUCAGAUGACGAAAAAUCAAAGAAGAAAAAGCCACAAAAGAUCAAAGAAUUUAUAGAUGAUGCAGUUAAAGUUCAUAAUGAAUUACGUGCAAAACACGGAGCAUCAAAACUGAAGCAUGCCAAAGACCUAUCAGAAUAUGCACAGAAAUGGGCAGAAAACUUGGCAGCCAAGAAUGCAUUCCAGCAUAGUGACUGUGUGCUCAAGGGUGAAAGAAUUGGUGAAAAUAUUUGCUGCAAAUGGUCAUCAUCAGGGGCUGAUUACACAGGGCGUGAAGCUUGUGAACAAUGGUACAGUGAAAUAAGUAAACAUGACUUUUCAUCAGAGCCUAGAACAUUAGGAUCAGGUCAUUUUACACAGAUGGUCUGGAAAGGCAGCAAAGAGAUGGGCAUUGGGAAAGCCAAAACGUCAGGAGGCAAAGUCAUCGUCGUGGCUAAUUAUCGCCCAGCUGGCAAUCUUGUCGGUUCUUUUGUAGAAAAUGUUGCUCCUCCAAAGAAAUAAACAUCAGGAAAACCUUCAAAACAGUUAAAAAUGUAACGAAACAGAGCGUUGUUCAUAUCCUAUGUUUAAUGAUAUUUGUUAAUAUGUUUGUUAAAGUGGGUGGGAUGGGGCUUAGUAUAUGUUUCAAUGUCUAGAUUAGUUAGGAUUCUACUUGAAUAUGUUAAUAUUCUUUAUUCUUAUGAAUUUAUUAACUAUAAUUUUAGAUUGUAUUUUAUUUUAAUCAAUAGUCUCUUAGAUUUACGUGAGUGCUAUAUAACACGCUAUCUCAUAAGGAGGUAAGGUGAAAAUUCAAGAAAAACGUGUUUGAGUUUUUAGAUGUCAUCCAAGUUCUUAUCUUAAGAAAUAAUAAGUUCCCAAACGUGGUUUGUCGUAGAAUAAAGCGAGUUUUGAGUUCUUAUGCGUAAGAAUAUAUCACGAAGACCGUAGGCCUGAGUGAUAUAUUGUUUCGCAUAAGAACGAACUGUCGAAAGUACAUACCGAUAAGUAUUACUGGAUCCAAGAAAUAGUCCAAUAGAGUGUUUGGUUCGGCAUUAUUUGACAUCAAUUCAAAAUUGUAAAUUUUAGUGUUGCGACAAUUAUGAACCGGCAAUUUUGGAGCCAUUCACGGCUACUAUUACUGACAUCAUUUGAAUUUAAAGCAUAAUAAUGAAGUCGGAAAUGGUAUACGAGAUUUUAUUUUCCAUAGAUUUUAGCGUUAUAAUUACUACAUAUAGCAUGUCUUGUUCUAUAUGUUUUGUGUUCUAGGAUUACUGGACCAUGAACCUGCAACUUUUUAUUCAAAUCAAACUUUUUAUUCACAUUCACUUAUACAUAUGAUUCAUUCCCUCAUCUUUUACUCUAUACAUUCCAUUUACACACUUAACCUAGUGUUUAUGAAACUGCUGUUAUUCUGUUUUACAUGUAUUCUAAUAAUGUUAAUAAAUAAAUUUCAUGUAUG